AUGGCAGCAGCAGUUGCCUCGAACGGUGACGUUCAACAGAUCACCAAAGACUUGCAGGCGGUCAACAUCGACUAUGACAACCUGAACCCGCUUAGCCCCGAAGUCAUCUCGAAGCAGGCAACUAUCAACAUCGGAACGAUUGGCCAUGUAGCGCACGGAAAGUCGACAGUCGUAAAAGCCAUUUCGGGCGUCCAGACGGUUCGUUUUAAGAACGAGCUGGUGCGCAACAUUACCAUCAAGCUCGGAUACGCCAAUGCAAAGAUCUACAAGUGCGAGCGCGAAGAAUGCCCGCGUCCGCAGUGCUACAAGUCAUAUCCUUCAAACAAGGAGCCUCACCCGGACUGCGAGGUGCCUGGCUGUGGUGGAAAGAUGAACCUGCUUCGUCAUGUUUCGUUUGUCGACUGCCCCGGUCACGACAUUCUGAUGGCUACCAUGUUGAACGGUGCUGCCGUCAUGGACGCUGCUUUGCUCUUGAUUGCCGGUAACGAAUCGUGUCCGCAACCGCAGACUUCGGAACACUUGGCUGCUGUCGAGAUCAUGAAGCUUCAGCACAUCAUCAUCCUGCAGAACAAGGUCGACUUGAUCCGCGAGCAGGCGGCAGAGGAGCACUGGAAGUCGAUCAUCAACUUUGUCAAAGGAACUGUGGCUGACGGUGCACCCAUCGUGCCCAUCUCGGCGCAGCUCAAGUACAACAUUGAUGCGGUCAACGAAUACAUUGUCAAGCGCGUGCCUGUUCCGGUUCGUGAUUUCACCUCGCCACCACGCCUGAUCGUGAUUCGAUCUUUCGACGUCAACAAGCCCGGUGCCGAGGUGGAGGAGCUUCGCGGUGGUGUUGCUGGUGGAUCGAUCCUCUCUGGUGUGCUCAAGAUCGGUCAGGAGAUCGAGGUGCGUCCUGGUAUCGUGACCAAGGACAACGAGGGUAAGAUUCACUGCAAGCCUAUUUUCUCACGCGUCGAAUCGUUGCUCGCUGAGCACAAUGAUUUGCAGUUUGCCGUUCCCGGUGGGUUGAUUGGUGUGGGAACCAAGAUUGACCCUACCUUGUGCCGUGCUGAUCGAUUGGUCGGUCAGGUGUUGGGUGCUGUGGGACAGCUGCCUGCGAUCUACACCGAGUUGGAAAUCAACUAUUUCUUGCUCCGUCGUCUGCUUGGUGUCAAAUCCGACGACAAGAAGCAGACCAAGGUGCAAAAGCUCGCCAAGAACGAACUGCUGAUGGUCAACAUUGGUUCCACGUCCACAGGCGGUAGGGUGAUGAGCGUGAAAGCUGAUCUGGCAAAGAUCUUCCUCACCAGUCCAGCAUGUACCGAGGUUGGAGAAAAGAUCGCGCUCUCGAGGAGGAUCGACAAGCACUGGCGUUUGGUCGGCUGGGGAACUGUUCGUCGCGGUACCACCUUGGAGCCCGAGACCAACUGA